GUCAGUUUGGUUGUUUGUCGAGCAGCUACACAAACUCGGGGAGGUCUCAUAUCUGGGUGAUAUUUCACUGCUUUGUGCUGAAGAUCAUGCUACUCAAGGAAUGGCAACACCAAGUUACAGUAAGGUAAUGCAGUCAAGGAAGCUGUGGGAUGGUAGUCGUGGUACCACCCUACCUCCUGUAGCUCCAACAUCCAAGAAACCUGAGGGUAGACCUAGACCAGGUCUUCAUCAAGUCCAACCUCCAGGACAGUCCAAACAAAGGGGUAUCCACAAUCGAGGGGGGUUGGAGCUGCCAAACAGUGGCAGACGUAGAUCAAUGUCUUUUGAUGAUGCAUAUUUCCAGAAAGCAUUUGCAGCACAGGGGCAGUCUCAUCGCAACUUUGAGGUGUCACGUCCAAGAGCCGAGACAAAUGCCUCAAGACAGAAUCCUUCAGGUAACAACAGUGCCAUCAAAGAGUGGGAUAAUUGGUCAGACAAUGGUCAUAUCCAUGGCCGCAAAGGGACAUCAGCUCUGUCCCUCCCGGGCUUUAACAGCCACAGGGAUCUUCAAGGAGAGGUUCGCAUUCGCCAUCCAGUGAUGUCCAUGUACAAGCGCAGUACAUACCCCUAUCACACAGACUCUUCCAGUAGCCUGAUCGCACCAAGCUCAGACUACUAUUUUGGGUACAAGGGUAGGAGCAGACACUGCCAUCAGUUCUUGGAAGAAAUGGAAGUGAAGCAUGAGAAUACGUAUCGUAUGGAUCCUAGGAACAACUUCCAUCAGGUGGAGGGAACUAUCCGCAGGAUGAUGGAAGACUACUUGGAGAGCACCCUUGACAGUCUCUCUGCAAACUCAUCAGCUACUGCAGAAGAAGCUGCUCAUGCUGCCAAAGGGUUGGUAGAGUCUAUCAAACACCAGGUGAAACUGCAGCGAUUGGCACGCUACAAGAUCAUCUCACUGGCAACGAUAUGCCUAAAAUCUGGACAGGAUUUGGUCAGUUCAAGCCGCUGUGUCUGGGACACCAAGACAGAUGGGUUUCUGUCUGUGACAAAACAAAACAAGGAUUGGUUUGGUGAAGUAACAGUUUAUGCAGUAUACCAUGAAUAAAAAAAAAUUUCAGCUUUAAGAGAUGCUCUACUAAUAUAGACGUUUCGCCUAUAUUGGUAAAUCUGUGUCAAUCUGAUUUAGCCUAACUUGAAUUGAAUUGUUCUCACAUGUAAACCCUUCAAAAACAGUUUCCAACUCAAGUUUGAGCGGUAAUACAUUUCUUAGUGUGCCAUCAUCAUAUGUAAAGGUGGUAUCAUUGGAAAGCAUGAAUAUUUUUCUUUACAAUCAUGUGUCAUUUAUAAUGCUAUGUUAUAGAAUGUGCAGACAUGAUGAUAAAUAUGCAGUAAUGUAAAAAAUGAAAUGUUGCAAAAUUCAGACUUUCCAAUAUCGAAUUUCCAAUUGUUUCUAGGAUGGACUGCGUUUGAAUGAUGUUGAUGUACUGAUGCCUGAAAAUCAACACAUUGUGUGUUCUUAUUUGCGUAAUGGAUUGAAUGUGUUUGGAAUGAUGUUGAACCUUGUCAGUUUUUGGAUGUUGAAUUUAAAUCUUUAGCCUUCAACAAUGACCACGCGAAUAGCAUUCAAGCACAUUUUAUUCAUUAAAAAAGCACCAUGCACCACUGACACUUUUGUAAAACAUUCACCGUUACCCACCCACAUGGUCUAAAUUCUAUAGAAAUGGAGACUCCACUUAGAAAACAAUGUAUUUUGCAACACUUCACUUCUGGCUUUUCCCUAUAUCCAGGGUAACUACACAUUCCAUGAUAACAUAAAUCACAGCAGAUGGUAUUUUAUUGUAAAGAGGAAUAAUGAAGAUUUUCAAUGAUACUGGUUUCAUCUUUUAUACUACAAUAACUAUAAAAAUGUAUCAUCCCUCAAAGUUGAGUUGCAGAGCUUUCUUUUGAGGGGUUUACAUGAUUCAAUUGUCCAACACUUGAUUUUGAGAUCUAGAUUUUACCUACAAAAUAUUGCAUGUUUUUUUACAAUAUCAUGUGUACAUCUAGGUCUAUCGUGCACUAAAAAUAUGAAAUGUAAUAUUGAGAUCUGAUUUCAAGCGUAUCAAAAUUACUUGGAGGUCAGUUUACUGUUCACUUUAUCAGUACAAGAAUUGGUAUAUUUACGAUGUGUAGUUUUUGAACUUACACUUUAAACUUUACUCUGCAUAUAGCAGCAGUGUCGACUUAAAGACGAAUAAGAUUUCAGUAUUUUCAAAGAAAUGUCACAGGACAACACAUCUAACUGAAAAUUGAGAAAUUGGUAUUGAGCUCGAAACCAUCAGUAUUCUCAUUAUGUAGUACUAAAUACUGAAAAUCAGUACUACUUGGUAGCUCUACUAGCCAUUAUUGUAGUAACUGCCAUUGCAUGACAACUUGCCAAUGAUUAUUUCCUCCAGCAAAAUAAAGGGAAUAUUUAAAAUAUGACAGGAGAAAUAGAAUUUGUCCAUCCACCCAAGCAUUCGUUUUUCGUGUGCCUGAAAAUGAAUGAAUUCAUUACUAUAAUUUGCAGCAUUUUUUGAUGCAAUGUUUUCACUGCAUGCAAGAUGUGAAUGACGGUAUAUUGCAUUACAUAUUCGUGAAGAACAAAGAAAUAAGGAUCACAUUCCACACAGGAUUCAUUUAAGCAAAAAGAAAAUGAUCAAUUUGCCUUUAUUCUGAGAUAUUUACACUAUAUGUUGUCGUAAGUAUCAAACAAUCUUUCAGAUACCAACAAAUGUACAUUUCUCAAAUUAGUCAUUUCAAAUACUGGGUAAAAGAAAAGUACACAUACUUGGACUAAUUUUCAGAAUGCAUAUUGUUAAAUUCCUUGUCUUUGAGAUUUCAGCUCUUUAUCCAUAAAUUAUGAAUAUAAUAAACGUAGGAACUAGAUAUCUGACAACUUUAGUAAAAUUCUUGCUUUUUAAUUCUUUGUAUUAAACUAUGAUUAAUAAGAAAAUGUGAUAAGGACUGUAUCUAAUACAUGUACUUUUACAAAUUGAAAUUAUAUUCUCACAAUUAACAGGAAAAAAAUGGGGGGGGGGGGUGACAUCCCUGUUUUUGCAUGUGUACAACAAAUAAAUGAAGUACACUAGAUACA